GGGACACGGGGGAUCGGGGGAGGGACAAGGGGGACAGAGGAGACACGGGGGGACACGGGAGGGACACGCAGGACCGAGGGACAAGGGGACAGGGAGGGAUACGGGGAGACACUGGGGGGACGGGGGAGAACACGUGGGGCGGGAGAGGGACAAGGGGAGGACAGAGAGACUGGGGGGGACACGAGGGGACAGAGGGGACAACGGGGGGGACGCCUGGGGCAGGGUGGCACGGGGGGAUCAGGGGGACACGAGAGGGACACACAGGACCGAGGGACAGGGGGACACGGAGGGACACGGGGUGACACCGAGGGAACACAGGGGGACAUCGAGGGACACAGAACAACACGUGGGGACAUGGAGGGACACGGGGUGACAUUGAGGGACAGACAGGACAACACGGGGGGACACGUGGGGAACACGGGGUGACAUGGUGGGGACACGAAGGGGUCACGCAGGACAGGGGGACACGGAGGGACAUUGAGGGACCCAGCACAAGACGGGAGGACACGUGGGGUGGGGGACACACGGGGACAUGGAGGGGACACGGGGGGACACUCGAGGCAAGGGGAUACGGGUGGUGUGAGGGGACACAGGAGAACACGGGGGGACAUGAGGGGGAUGGAGGGGACAUGGGUGACAUCGAGGGACACGGCACAACACGGGGGACAUGGAGGGGACAGGUGGGGUGGGGGGACACGAGGUGACAUGGAGGGGACAACGCGGGAGGCAAGGGGACACGGGAGAACAUGAGGGGACAUGGAGGGGACAUGGGGGACAUCAAGAAACAGAGGGUGACAUCGAGGGACCCGGGGGGAUGUGGAGGGGACACGGCACAACAGGGGGACAUGGAGGGGACACAGGUGACAUCGAGGGACACCCAGAGCACGGAAACACCCGGUGACACUCAGGAUGGGGCCACCACCACAGCGAUGUCCCCACACGGUGACCUGUCACACAGCGCGGGGAUGCUGGCGCUCCCACGCUCAUUAACCCCCGCACCUGAGCAGUUCAUUAACUAAUUACAGCGCGGCUGCUCCUAAUUACUCUGAGGGGUGGGCAGGGUCCCUGUGACCCCAUAAAUGCCGCUCUGGGGUGGCCCCGCUGUUUGUGGGAUCCCCCUGGGGUUCAGAACGGCGGUGCUGCUUUGGGCUGUGCCACCCCCGAGCCGUGUCCCCUCCCCAGCCAUGUCCUCCACGGACAGCACCGACAGCGGCUCCGACAGACCCGUGUCCGUCCUUUGGGGGUGCGAGCUGAGCAGCGCCAAGAGCUCCUGCACCUUCCAAGUGACCGAGGAUUGGCACUGCGAGCAGCAGCUGGUGCUGCGCACGGUGUGCCUGGGGGAGGCGGCCCGGGAUGAGUUCCACGUGCUCGAGGUGGUGGCCGAGGGCGGCGACAGCCGCGCCCCGCUGCCGCUGGCCACGCUCAAACCCUCGGUGCUGCCCAUGGCCUCUCUGGCCGGAAUGGAGCUGAGCCCCCCGGUGACCUUGCGCCUGCGAGCCGGCUCGGGGCCCCUCUUUGUCAGCGGCCAGCACGUGUCCAUCAUGGACCUGAGCUCGGAUGAGGAUUAUGAUGAUGAGGAGGAAGAGGAAGCACCAGUGAAAGCCCCCAAGAGGCCCCCAAAGGGCUCAGGUGCCCAGAAGGGCAGAACAACCAAGAAAAGGAAGCGGGAAAAGGAGGAGGAGCCCAGGAACAGCCUCGUCCCUGCACGUGCACCCCCAGCCAAGGGACGCGGAGCCAGCCGGGGCAGGAAAAGAGCAGCAAAAAAAUGAUGGAAUUGGGGAAUUCUGGGAAUUCCAUCCAGGUGCCUGGAAGCAGCAGCUGGUGGUGGUGGUGGUGUGGUUCCCUAUUAAAUAAAGCACAUUUUGCACUCCUGGA